AUGAAAGAGCAACAAGACAACGACAACAAAAUGACAAAUAACAACAACAGCAGAAGAAGAAGAAGAAGAGCCAACGUCAAGUCAAACGUCCGCCAGUCGGCAGGAGAAGAAGACGCCAAACUAUCCAACGCCCAAACAGCAGAGACGCAAGCAGCUUUUAAACCGACAUCCGCGGCUCGCCGACCAGACAGACACCCAAUUCAGGUACAACCCCCACGCCCGGAUAAAAGAAAGACGAAAGAAGGAAUAGAGCCAGAAGAAAAACAACAAGCGGAGAAGAAGAAGAAGAAGAAGAAGAUGGCUACAGAUAGAUGGGCGAGUGAGUAUUAUACGAGGAGUGCUGGUGGUGAAACGGCUGUUGCUCACUUUCUGUUCUUUCUUUAUAUUCCCAUUUGUUCAAUAUUAGAUAAAGAAGAACGACUGGCAAGGGGAAAGGCACUCCGGCUGCAUCUGUCCAAUCCAACAUGGCAUUUUUUGGCUUUUCACUAUUCAUUCCAAUCUAUUGGACUCGAGUUGUCUGCGGCCCCUGUAACAUUGCGAGAGAAAGAGGCAAAAGAAAAAGAAAAAGAAGAAUACCAGAUAUAUAGCAAGAAGAGCAGUAAAAAGGGGGGAAAUAAACAAGUCGGAGAAAAGGCGUAUAGAACAUCUGGCAGACGCAAGGGAGCUGAAAACGAAGUUCAAAAGGGCAAAUUGCCACCGGUUCCCACCCUCCCAAAGGUUUUUUGA